CGGCUGAGGGACGUCUCCAAUCUGCCAUGCCAGAAAGGCAAUAAAAGUGCAAAUAAACAUGUAAAAGGACAUUAAGAUUCCCGUGGCAGCAGGACUUGCUUUCGAUUCGAAAGCAGCUGAGGGCAAACAAGCAGCGGCUGACUCACAUCUAAAUGCCAUUUGAAAUGUGCCUUUUAUGGGCCAAGUUGAAGACGAUAGCGAACUAAAGGCGCGUUGGCGCUUCAUUAAAGUCAAAAGCGGAAACGCCAGCGGAAACGGAAAUAGCCAACAACAGCUCAAACAAAACGCGCUCACUCACGCAUUCACCCACACAGACUGACUGAGGCAUUUGUCUAUUGGCGCCCAGGCAAGCUCAUGUAUUGCCCUAGCUGUUGGCCCACUCGUGUUUGCUUUCGUUCCGUUCCUUUGACCCUUUGGGGAAACUGAAGAGCGCGCCAUAAAUGACGAAAAGUUCUUUCGCUCGACUACAGCGAGAUGACUUCAAUACAAUUUUUAAUACCAGCAAGCGACAUGGCAACUGCAAGAGGAACCACAAAAAUGCGAUUCACAACUUCAGGAAUAGCCACAUUCGCCAAUUGGCAACAACAACCACAACAACAACCAGAACAACGACAACAACAACAACAACAGCAAUUAGAACACAACACACAUCGAAAAUCACGAACGCGAACGGCGCUGUUCACAGGGAAAACGGUUUCAAUUGUCGUUCCGCUGAUGUUCCUGCUGUUGCUACAGCAGCCGACGGCGAUUCGAGCGGAAGAGGAAUCACAGGACUUUCAAAAGAACAUACCCGCACGCCUGGUUUGGGCCGCUGCCGGCAAGACCGUGGAGCUGCCGUGCGACCUGACGCCCCCCACGCCGCAGGACUCGGUGAAGCUGCUGCUUUGGUUCAAGGAUACCACUGGCAUACCGUUAUACAGUCUGGACUCGCGCGGCGGCAACGUCAAGCUGGCGCCACAUGCGGCCAUAGCUAGCGAUCUGGGCCAGCGUCUCUUCUUCAGCAUUGGCGAUAAUCCCAAGGAUUCGCGGCUGCAGAUUAAGGACGUUAAGCCCGAGGAUGGCGGCGUCUAUCGCUGCCGCAUCGACUUCUUCAACUCGCCCACGCGCAACUUUCGCCACAAUCUGACGCUCGAUGCCAACAUAACGACGAGCAUUCUGACACUGAAGGUAACAGCGGAGAACGACAAUGCGGAGCUGACGUGCCGUGCAUCGAAUCCCUGGUUCUCCGGCGGCGCCAUCGAGGACAAGCGCAUCAUACGGGUGGCCUACCCGCCCACCGUCUCGGUGCACUUGGCCAACGAGGACCCCAGCCGCAUGGUUACCCGGGCCGAGGGCCAGAACGUCACAUUCAAAUGUCGUGCGGAUGCCAGGCCACCUGUCACCAGCUACUCCUGGUUCAAGAACGGCAUGCGUAUGUCUGGCGAGAGCUCGGAAAUCAUGCACCUGACGCACCUGGAGCGAGAGAGUGCAGGCGCUUACGCCUGUGGGGCAACGAAUACGGAGGGCGAGACGCGCAGCUCCAGCCUCACGCUGAAAGUGCAGUUCUCGCCGCGCUGUAAGCCGGGCUCGGAGCAGACGUCCAUUGGCGCCAUCAACAUGCACUCCAUACAGGUGAAGUGCGAGGUGGACGCCGAUCCGCCAGAGUCGGUCAAAUUCAGCUGGACCUACAACAAUACGCGCAAUGUGUCGCCGGUGCUGAACUCCCGGAUACAAUCGAAUGGACUGACCAGCACUGUGACGUAUCUGCCGCAAACCGACUCCGAGCUAAUAACACUGGCUUGCUGGGCCAGCAAUGCGGUGGGCCGACAGACGGUGCCAUGUCUCGUUCACAUUCUGCCAGCAAAUGCACCAGAGGCGCCAAAGGCCUGCGAGCUGCGCAACGAUACCGUCCUCGAGGUGGUCUGUGUGGCCGGCAGCGACGGCGGACUCACCCAAUACUUCAUGCUGGAGGUGGUGGGCGGGGAUUUGCUGUACGCCAGCGAGUCGGCGACGGGCAAGGGCCAGUUCGGCGACGCGAAUGGCCAGGUCGACAAUGAGCUGUCCACGCUCAACGAUCAGGCUACAUCUGCACCCAUCUUCCGCAUGCAGGAGAACAGUCCACAAUUUCGUUUGAAUAAUUUAGAGCCGGGACGUGAAUAUCAAUUUUUAGUUUACGCCGUCAACGCAAAAGGACGCAGCGAGCCGCCGGUGGUGAUUGAACGUGUGCGAGUCGCCGCCCAACUGGGACCAUAUGAUGAAUCUAUACUCUCGGAGGAUCCGACGCCCGCGGAAACCACGCAUCAUGUGGGCGGCAGCGGCAGCAGCGCGGGCGGCCCCAGCGGCGUCGGCGCCGGCGCCAGCAUCGGCAGCGGCCCCGAGAAGGAGUCGACGCUGCUCAUCCUAGCCGCAGUCGUGGCGAUAGGCGCCGUCAUUGUGACGUCAAUUAUCGUGGCCGGCAUUGUAGUUGUCUGUCGGCAUCGGCCGCGGCCACCUGAGCCGCAGGAGGUGCGCAAGAGCAUGCGGCCGGCGCGCAACGAUGUGCCCUCCAUGUACAUUGAGGAGGACGAGCUGAACGAGCUGGAGGAGGGCGGCGGCCGGGCAGCGGAGAUACGCGCCCGCAUCACACCUGCCAGCUCGCACCUGUGCCACGGUGCUGGCGCCAUGAGCGCCACCGGUGGCGGCAGCGGCGUCAGCGGCGGCAUCGUGGGCGUCGCCGGGCCACAUCACUACAUCUCCGAGAGCUUCAUCCAGUACGCGCAGCCCAGUCUAAACGGCGACGUGCUGCUACCUUUGCUUGUUACUGCCAGCCAGCCGACUAGCCGCUACCACCGAGCCGUUGCCCCGCUCACCCACUCGGCCACAAUGUCGGACGUGGUCGUGGCCAUGCCCCACCCGGCUGCCGCAAAGCUAUGUGCAACGGCUGCCGAUGCAGCCGCCUGGCCGCCUGAAUACCCAGAUCUGAUAUUGCCGCGCGGCGAAUUGGAAUUUACGACUCUGGAUCCCACGCUGAAGUAAUUGUAAAAUGUAAUAAUAUCUAACCGCAGCGCAUACCACAAACAGCCACGCCCAUUGCUCCAAGCGG